AUGGCGACCAAGGUGGCGCCAAUGGUGUUGUGCCUGUUCCUCUUCCUCUCCACCGCCGGCGCUUCAUCAGCUCCCAACUCGUCUUCCCCUGUCUGGACGGGGACGCCCGACGGAAGCAUGCGGUGGGGAUACGCAGUACCGCGGCCAGAGCUUAGAGGGAAGGCCGGGGGUGUCAGAUCUACCGAUCGGUGCAGGGCGGGAGGGUCUUCCGUGGGACGCGGGAAUUUUCUAGAGAUCGGGCCACUAUAUAUCACCAUGCAGCCGCGCCCAUGUACCUGGCUCCAUGUCUCCGAUCUGAUCUUCGUGGACGCCCCAGUGGGAGUAGGUUUCAGCUAUGCAGAUGAGCCGAGCUUACUUGUCAAAACUGACAAGCAGGCUGUAUCUGACCUGCUUGGCGUCAUCCAAGAGCUCAUCAGGAGGUUGCCAAGUCUGCAGAGCAGACCAUUGUACCUUGUCGGAGAGUCAUACGGUGGCAAGUUUGCCGCCAUGUUAGGCGUUGUCCUAGAAAGGGCCAUCCGCGACGGCACCAUGAAGCUGACGCUCGGGGGUGUUGUGAUUGGGGACGGCUGGAUCUCCCCAGCUGAUAACGCGCUCUCAUACGGGGACCUACUGCACACCGUUUUGAGACUGAAUGACAAUGCAGUCUCACGUGUGAACAAAAUGGGGUUGACGGUGGAGCAGCAGAUGGCGGCGGGGCAGUUUGCCGCAGCCCAGAAGACUUGGACGGACCAACUCGACUUGAUAGACUCCCAGAGUGACGGUGUGAAUAUUUUCAACUUCUUGCUCGACAUCGGCAUGAAUCCGGUGUUGUCAAGUAGCCUGCUGAUGGCAUCUCAAUCAGCCCUCAGCAACAACACCGAUGAUAUCAUAAACAGGGUUUUCAAGCCAUUCCUCAGGAUUAUCCCCAAGAAAGUCUUAUGGGAGGAGGCAACUCUUCAGGUAUAUGAAGAGCUAAAAAACGACUUUAUGAAACCAGCGGUCAGAGAGGUUGAUGAACUGCUUGCCCUAGGGGUGAGUGUGACUGUGUACAAUGGACAGUACGAUGUGAUCGUCCCAGCUAUUGGAACAGAAGCAUGGGUCAAGAAGCUCGAAUGGAAUGGCCUUAACCAUUUCCUGAGCCUUCCAAGGCACCCAUUACAUUACUGCAAUUCAAUUCCCGAGCAUUGUUCUCAGCAGAUCCGAGCUUAUGUAAGGGCUUAUGAAAAAUUUACCUUCUAUUGGAUCCUUGGAGCUGGUCAUAUGGUCCCGGUUGACCAACCUUAUCCUGCUUUGAGAAUGAUUGCCAAUAUCACGCAAUCUCCGGGCAACAUAGAUGACGUGACUUGCUACUAA